AUGCCCCUGAACCAUUCACCUGAGAAUGAUGAUUACGAGGAUAGCCCAACCACCAGAGAGCUGGCAGUGCGCUUGGAGAACCUGGAACAGCUGGUUCAUCGCAACAUCGGCACUUUGGCUUCCAAUUCGAGCAUAAGUGUACAUGGGCGAGAUCCUGACACUGUGACUGCGACACACCCUGGCUUGCGCUCGGAAGGGACUCGUACAGAUAUUACCCCAAGGCGGAAAUAUUCAACUCAAGUCCAACAACGCAGCUUCUCAGGGGAGACGUCCAUUCAAUACACUCUUGAUCAGGUGGAAGGUCAUUUGGUGAAUUCUGACCACAGAUUUGAGUCUGCGAUUACUGUGAGUCCAGACCGAAUGUCGACACCGGCCUUGACCCCCCCGUCCUCUCCAAGUGGCGAAGCCACAUCUCGCGUGGCAUCCGAUCUCCACAGACUUCUGCACAGACAUGGCAUUGCAGCAGACAAGGCUGAAUGGGAUAGAUGUAUGCACACUUUUUGCAACGAGAUUCACACCAUGUAUCCACUCCUUCAUCUCCCGACGCUGUGGCAUCGAUACACGGAGAUGUGGACCACAUGGUCUUUGGCAGAUCCGGAGCGCCGUAUGCCGAUCGGCCGCCACAAACAAUUUGCGAUGGCUCAGCUACUGAUCUGUCUUGCCACGGGACGUUGUACCGCAUCCCCUCGCAUCGCUGGUGCAGAGGCUCGGCACUCUGCUGGAUGGAGUCUGUACAGAGCGGCGGCAGAGCUCGUCGGCGACAUACUCAAUUGCUUCGAGGAGUGCUCCGAUCAGAUAUUGGUGUUGCAGACUCUAGCUUUGAUGGUCAUUUAUCUAUUCCGUUUGAAUAUAAUUGGCAGGGCAGAAAAGCUCCUCGCGAUUGCCAUCUCUCACGCUCAUUACCUGGGGCUUCAUCGGUCCCUACCUGCUCUGGACGGGCUGAAACCAUCCGACGUCGAAAUCAAUCGGCGGCUUUGGUGGUGUCUCUAUACCAUGGAUCGCCGACUCGCCAUUGACACUGGACGCCCAUUUCUGAUCCAAGACAUGAACGUGAAUACACCACUACCACAGGGCCUAGAUGAUGAUUGCCUCUUUUAUCGUCAAGUGUGCACAAAUUUGAGUCUAGCCUCCACUCCGAAAACACACGGCAGAGCCACAGGCGCAGUAACCCCAAUCCCGUAUCUUGCUGCAAUGGUGAUCUAUUCUCGAGUGCUGGGAAAGGUUUGGGAGGGGAUGUACGGCGCUGAUUCAGCCAUGCAGUCUUCUCCUCGAAACAGUCACCUGCGUCGCGAACACUUCGAGCACUUGAUCUCUCGGGCGCAAAGGGAGGUUCCACCAGAGUUUGUCUACCACCUUGGGCAGGAGGAAUCCCAAUCCAAGAAGACAGUAGGCUGGCUAGCCAAGCAGCAAAAGCUCAUGCGGGUCCGAUGGCUCUCGCUGCGUCUACUCAUCCGCAGGCCCAUGCUUCAAGAGACCACCUCUUCCCCAGCCAUCAUUUUUACCGGGCUCGAGAAUGAACGGAUCUGUGCACAAAUUGCCAGUGACGUGAUUCAAGAUUGCAUUGAGAUUUCCGAGGAGCAGACGGUCUUUACAUAUCCUUUUUUUCAUUAUUUACUGAGCGCUGCCAUCAUCUCAAUCGGACUCAUAAUCAAAAAGCCGUCUUGCAAGGAUGCAUUUGGCGACAUGGCCCUGAAGGCAAUUCAUGCUUUGGAAUCCUAUCCUCGUAAAACAUGGAUCUCAGGGAAGUUGAUCCGGAACGUGUCAAAGCUGGGUCACAUCGUACGGCGAGUCAUGGCUGACAGCGCUCCCUCCGAGGGAGUUCAUUCUUCCCGCCUGUUUGCCAACCGUGAUUGCGUUUCGAGAGAAUCAGCGGAAAGAUCAUUCGAGUGUGCAGAUCGGGGGGAAUCCGCGGUACAAGAGAUGCAGUGGCUCGAGGCGCUUUUUGGCAGUUACCUCGACUCGAACCUUAUCGUUCGUUCUGGUGAAUGA